GGUGCUGUUUCGACGGCAUAUAGUGCGGACGGUGGCUUUAGACUCGAAGCUGCGGAAGAAAGGCCGCGAGCUCGAUCGUGUUCCAAUGGCCUGAUACACAUUACCAGACGCGUAUAUGAAGCUACACUGCCCUGAAUCGUCGAUGGGCGUGCGGGGGUGACUGGAGUGAUGGGAUGGGGCUAGAGCCCCAUGGAGUUCGGGUAGACCCGUCUCCGGCCCAACUCCCCAGCCCCCUCCGCCAUCGAUAUCGUCACAGCUCCUGCCAGCGUCGCAGAGGGCCGCCUCGAUCGCGAUGGAGGCCUCUAAUAAUCAACAACAGAAAAAGGAGCCAAGCGUUCACAGGCCUUGCGCCUUCGACAAGAUGGAGGGGCUGGUGCGGGAGAUGCAAGACCCUGAGAACGGGGUACCCGUGCGCAGCCAAAAACAAUUUCUCACCUCAAUUCCUUCGGCUUUCAUGGGUGAGUGCCAUCGGUACCUGCGUUGUGGAGUAAGCGUAAGCGGCCAUCACGGCCAGGACACUACAGUAGGCUGCCUGCGUGUUGCAGGUUACGAUCUCAUCGAGUGGCUGAUGGAGCGGCUUUCCAUCGAGGAAUCAGUAGAGGCGGUCCAUAUUGCCAAUCAGCUCUGCCAGUAUGGCUACUUCUUCCCGGUGAAUGACUCCAAGACACUCACCGUAAGGGAUGAUAGUUCUCUGUAUAGAUUUCAGACACCAUGUUAUUGGCCAUGGCAACAUAAAAUCCCUGAUAACAUGGAAUAUGCUAUUUAUCUGGCUAAGAGAACUUUAAGAAACAAGCAACGACAUGCUCUUGAAGAUUACGAAAUUGAAGCUUUAAACAGUCUACGUAGGAACUUGCAGAACAAGUGGGAUAUGAUACAACUUCAAGCUGAAGAACAGGUUCAGGUACGCUUAUCGAAGGAGCGAAAAAAAGGGGAUAAAAUAGUAAGCGAUUCUCAAGAGCGAGCAUUUUGGAGAGUUUACAGGCCACCACCUGGUUGUCUAAGUAGCCUCGAAGUAACACCCGUACCUACGCGUUUUCAUCCUGGACUUUCACGUCCUCCAUCGCGUAAACGCACUAUAACCGAUCUGCAACGCGAGGUGGCCCUUUUGAAGAACAGCUUAACGCGUACAAGGAUAAAAGUUUCUGCUGCUAUCGAAAAUUUCAACUCAUACUUCGAAACAUACAUGGAAUACGAUCCAAUGUUUGUACAGCCACAACCUUCCAAUCCAUGGAUUACCGAUGAUCAAACAUUUUGGCAGCUAAACAGUCCUCUAGUGGAAAUUCCUACGGAAAAACGUGUUAAGCGGUGGGCAUUAUCCAUGGAAGAGUUAAUGUCUGAUCCUACUGGUUUGCAAGAAUUUACGCAGUAUUUGAGAAAAGAAUACAGUCAUGAAAAUAUACGAUUUUGGUUAGCGGUUAAAGAUUUGAGGCAUAGUUUUCAAGCAAAAAUACCCGACAAAGUUAAUGAAAUCUUCAGAGAAUUCUUAGCACCCGGAGCACCUUGCGAGAUAAAUAUAGAUGGGAAGACGAUGGAAAAAGUUCAUCAAGAGAUGAAAAAUCCGAAUCGAUUCACGUUUGAUUCCGCCGCUGAACACGUAUAUACGUUGCUUUUGAAAAAGGAUUGUUAUCCUAGAUUUAUUCGUUCCGAUCAGUAUCGAAAUUUAUUAGCCUCUGGUGUGCAGCCUUCGCAAAAAAAAUGGUUUUUUUUCGGGGGACAAGCGAAAAAGAAAGUUUCUUCGACUUCGACUUCGAUCUCGGCCCCAACUCCGACAACGAGCACGUUGCAACAUCAUGCUGUAACCGCCGGCGGGGGAGGAGGGAGUGGAGGUGGUAGUAAACGAAGAGGAAGCGAUCGAAGUCUUUCCGGAUCUGCUCACGAGUUAGCCAUUUGUGGUAUUCGAGAUACGAGUUCGAUGCCUAGAGUACCGCAUUCUCACAGUCAGUCGAAUCUCACCGAUAUCCCAUAUAGGGGAGAUCUGGCUCGACUCGUAAAGAUUCCAACAAGGCCUAUCCCGCAUAACGUUCAGGAUGCUGGCACAUCGGAAACAUCGAUGGCUCGCCCUGUGGACGACGUUUGCCCGUGGGACGUGGUUCCGGGACCGAGUAUAGAGCACGAUAUAGAUACGGGCGCACAGCUACGGCAUCCAAUAUCAUCUGGAGUGACGUCGUCGGUUGAAAGCCAAGCGGAAGAAGGAAACAAUAACCUGAUUAGCCAGUCGCAUUCUAUCGAAGUUGCGGCACGCCCGUCUCGCAAAAAUUCAUCGCAAUUCGACUCCUGUAGUUCUUCAUCGGACGUGAGCUUGGCGGUGACAGAAGCGGUAUCGGAACAUCUUCGAAAGUCUUGCAGUUUGCAACAAAGUAGCAGCACAGGUGGUGGUUCGAGUACCUCGGAACGAGUCGGUAUGACAACGCGAAAUUAUUCGAUCGGUUCGGUUGGCGGAAGAGCGAAACUUGGAGAGAUCGGUCGACCGUCGGCUUCGUCCUUCAAUUAUCCAUCGCCGCAGCAUUCGCUCGAAUAUUCGCACGUGGUGACGGAGAUCCGAUCGGAGGGGAAGGAUAUCGCCGAGGUGGUGGAGACCGAAACGAGGUCAAAACUCACGUUGCUGGAAAAGGAACAUACGAAGAAAACUUUGAGCAAGGCCCCCCUGAUAAGUAUUAGCGCGAUUGUGGGCGACCUGGCGAGCGAUAGCUUUGCGGCUCAAGCGGAGGAACGAAAGGAGGACGAUUGCGGCAAGGGUGUGGCGGCGAAGGAAGGGGAAGUGGAGAUCGAGAAGAGGAAAGGGGAGGUGGAGGGUGAUAAAGGUGAUGCGGUUACCGUUGCGGAAGAAAAUUUGGCGGUUUCGACUCGAGUGGAAACGGAGACGGAGGAAUCGCUGGAGGAGGCGCAAGUCGUUCCUGUUUGGGAGCCGGACACCCGACAGGACGACCAAAUAGCACCCGUUACCCAACCAGCUCCUCAACAAAAGCGUGACAAUAACGUUAACGAAGUGUGCCCGUGGGAAGACGAGGAAAACUGUAGAGUGGAUGCACCCUAUGUGAAAACCUACGCGACUUUAGGUUAUUUGUAAUCUUUAGAUAUCGGUACUAAACAUACAUUUCACGUAUAAACAUUUGCAAUUUCAAUUCCCAUUUUACUUCACUUUUGCCAAGUCCGAGUGCCCGACCUAACAUUUCAAACAUAUUGAUCAUCGUUUCUCGUUAUAUUUUAUAUUACAUUCCGAAAGAUGGAUCGUUUCGUUGAACGAAAUUUAUUGCUUAUUACUUAUUUCGCACCGUUCUAAUAGACAGAUAUUUAUCGAUAAUUGUCGAGAUACGAAAUGAUUCGAAACGGAGAGAAAUGAAAAGAAGAUUUGCCCCAGCACGUGUAAACAGGUGUAAACGAGCAAGCAAGCAAGCAAGUAAGUAAGUAGAAAACUAAGUAAAUAAGUAAAUAAUUAAGUAAACAAACAAACAAAUAAAUAAAUAAGUAUUAAAAAGAAUCUUAUUUGUACAAGGUAUAAUAGAUACUUUGUGGUGAUACGAUCGAUAUGGAUUUAAAGUAAGAUUAAAGUAAUCGAUAUCUUUUGCGCCUAUAAGAGGAAUGUUAUUUAUUUUAUUUAUUUAUUUAUUCUUUCUCGAUUUUUUGCCGACGAUUUAUAUCGUUUCGUUACGACGACGUGAAUAAGAAAGUGAAUAAGCAGGCCUGCAAACGCCUGCUUUGACGUUAUACGGAUAAUUAAACAGAUAAUUAAAGAAAUCUGAAAUCACAAAAUUAAACUUAAUUAGUUGGCCGAACGUGAUGAAACGUAUAGUUCGUUAUUGUCGUUAUUUAUUUUUCAAGAUUUUGAAAUCGAUUUAUUCGACGAAAGGAAAUUAAAUGCAAAGAAGACGCGUUCUGCGAGUGCUAGUCAACCAUGAGCCCAUUGACCGCCCUCGUAGCUCGCAAAUUUCUUCGAUACGAGGAAAGAAGAACGAUAAGAUUGGCGUGGCAUUAAGUGGAAAAAAACUUUUCCACUUAAUUCGAAUAAAUCGUUUCGAAACGGAAAAAAUUUCUCGGAAUGGAACGGAACGAUUGUACGAUUGUGAAUUUUAAGGAUGAAUCGUUGGAAUUAGAUGACGAUUAAAAAUUAAAAACGUAAUUAAAUUAAACGUAACGUAAGUGAUUUAGAUCACUUUGCUUCGCUUAAAUAAAAUAACUUAAAUGUCGUGAUAUUUGAUUGUCGUUUAAUCCAAGCGUCGAUACAGUGUUAUAACAAUGUCAAACAACAACGAGCGUAAAAAAUUUUAGCUCGCUUGCGUGCGGCCUGAUAUCUAUACUCUAACGGCCUGCUGACGGUUAAACGUUUAACGAGUAUUACCAAAUAAAAAACCUGUUUCACUUUUAAUCUCUUCGGAGAAACUCGGUAAUUUACUUGUUAAAAUCGUUGCUCUACUCGCUGUUCCUAUUAUCGAGAUCGAGAUCGAGAUCGAGUUCAAUUUCAAAAGAGGAAAGAGAAAAAAGUACGAGAAGCGUGAAGUAAUAUAAUAAUAAUGAUAACGAUUCGUUUGUUUAUCACUUAUUUAGAAGAUAUCGAAUCUUGUUAUACAUACAUAUUAUACGUAUAUAUAUAUUACCUCGAGGUGUAGAGUGUUUAUCGGGUUUAUCGGGUUCUCGGUACUGUCACUGCCCCAGUACCAAGAUCCCUGCGAUCUAAACAAAUUUCAAUUCUCAAGUUAAUCGAUUAAUUAAGAGAAAUUUAAGAAAAACUACUACUUGUUCCGCUCGACGAUGUAAUUCAACUUUAUUCUCUCCCUUUAGAGAAUUUAUUCGAUCGCUUGUUAAAAAAAAAAAUGGUAGGAACGUGUCGUUGUAUCGUAAGAAAUUAGGAAGAUAAUCUUAUUAUAGAGCAUUAUACGUACAUGGUAAUCGUAAUAUUUUAUCAAAUGAAAUCGUAAUAUUAAUCGGAGUGGGAAAGGAUCGAUUCGAUCGUGAAUUACACACACAUUAGUGGUAAUACUUGUCCGCUAUACGACAACUGGACUCGAUUAUUAAACGAAAUUAUAAAACAUCGUUAUUAUCGAAACUAAAAAUUACGAACGACGGGGAAAUAGAUAUUUUAUCGCCUCGUUUCUUUUUCUGCAAUAUUUCGACGAAUAUCUGUUUUGUAACGAUAAAUACUCCGACUCCGAUAUAUAUAUAUAUCCCUAACUCGCGAGCAGAAGAAGAAGAAGAAGAAGGAGAAGAAGAAGAAGAAGAAGAAGAAGAAGAAGAAGAAAUUGAUUUACAGAGACAGAGAUACAUACGAUAUUUACGUUUCGUACAAAAAGUUCGGGCACUCGAGGCUAGAGUUUAAGAAAUCCUGAGACGUAUUCACGACGAUUGUGUAUCGUCGAUUCAACAGCUCAAUUUAACUAUUGUAAACAUCCUUAUGAAAAAUAGAUAGUCGGUUAAUAAGAUAAAAGUGAGAUAUUGCGAUUCUUAUGGGAACGAAUAUAAUAUAUUAUAUACGAAUCAUAAUGAAAUACGGCAUAGGUAUCGAGAUGAUUUUUCCGUUAGUCUCAGCAUUAGCAAAUGUACGUAGUUUCGACGUAUGACUGACGAUUAGUCUUAUUUACGAAAUACGAUGACUCGUGAAUACAGACUAUUCACCUACCUAUAUAAUAAUAUAUAUAUAUAUAUAGUAUAUGCCACGUUGAAGAAUAAAAUUUCGUUCGAUCAAGCAUGCGACGAGAAUAAAUAGGUUGGUAAUAAAUAAAUUACGACAAACGAAUCAAACAACUAUUUUUGUUCUCUUUUUGCAGAAACGUUUUAUAUGUAUUGUGCGUAUAAUGCCGUUCCGUCGUUAUUAUUACAAUUUUUCAAUCACCGAUCGUGAAUAAUAGAUUUUAUUCGCUAUCGUUUACUCGCUGACUCGCAUCACCCUUGCAUAUAUAAUACACAUAUAAGGGGCAAUCGAAAGGAUCGUUGUACGUCAUGAAUCUUUAAGCGUUAUUCGAUUUCACGUUCCGUUUGUGUAUCGGUGUAUUUUUCGUGUUACGUAAAUUGGUAAAACGAACGUUUCAUCGACGACGAAAAGUGACGUGUAACGUAUCUGUUGGCCAUUAUUUUUUUCGUUCAACGGAGAAUGCAUCGCCAGAGAUCCGAGAGUAAUCGAUAUCGUAAAUAGAAACGGGGAGAGGAACCGUGUAAAUGACAUACAAGUUACGACGACGAUUCCUAAUUAUUUUUCGAUGUAUUCGAUUCGUUUUUCGAGAAUUAUCCGGUUCGUUGAACGUAUCGAUUAUAAAUAUUUUUCUUUCUCCGAUUUAUUAUUAUUUUUCAAAAGGCGCUAAUCGUACGAUCGAAUUCGUAAUCUAUCUAACACGAAUAACACGAGAACAGAAUUAUUUGAAACGAUCCGUUAAAUGUUAACGCGUAUUCGAGAUUUCGAUGUAACUCGCGGUCGUUUAUAUUUUCAUUUCGAAGCUAAUGAUAAAUAAAUGUUAAAUUACGUGUGUUUUCGCAUCGGUGACGCGAAAUUUUUUGGAAUCGGUAUCUUUCGUCGAGUUUUCGGAUCCGAGUAGAAGACGAGGGAGAGAGAGAGAGUAGGAACGGAAUAACGGAAAGUAAUAAUAAUUUUAAAAGAUAUUUGAUUCGCAAUAUUUGAUCGAGGCGCGAGUGCUUAUCGUAUUUUUAAGUCGAUCUCUAAAUCUAUUUAUAUAUUUCGCUGAUCGCGUACAUAAACGAAAACAAUCGGAACGUAUUCCCUUUUUAUUUUUAUUCUCCAUUUCUAGAUCUUUGCCAAUAGUACAAAUGUAACUUAAAGUAUAGCGUAAUUUACGGAUAAGCCUGGCUCCGAUACGAUCUAGAUAUAUAAUCGUACCAACGCAUCCAUCGUAUUUCCUUUUCUUUUCUUCUCUCUUUCUUAAUUCCUUUACUCGCUUUUUCUUCGUUCUAUCGUUGUACAAUUAAUAUCGUACAAACGUUUUCGAGAACGUUUUUUUUUUAUCAAAUUUUUAAAAACGGAACAAAAUAUUUUACCAUUUUGAUAAGAUAAUUAAGAUUUCGGUUCGAUUUAUCGAGUGAAAUUGUACGCGAAGUGAAAUUAACGUAAUUUUCCGAGUAUCUCGUUAUCCGUCGUUUCCCAUCUACGCGAUAGUACGAAUAACUAGUCGAGAACGAGCCAUGUUUAUCGGGAAAAGACUGAAAACGUACCUGAAAUUCACCCCUCCUUCGAAAACUCGUGUUGUAACAAAUUCUACGACUAACGUUUUAGAAUAACUAGUAUUGUCUCAUCGUUUCGAUAAAAAGGGGGAAAAUGUAACUGAUAAAAGAAUAUUACUACAUCUCGAGAAAGACGAAGAUAAUUUUAAGCGUUACUACGGAUGAGAAAAGGGGUGAUCGAUUCAAGAUUUCAGCGAUCCUUGACGUGUCCCGAGACGUUUCAUCUGUAUUUUGUAUUAGAUCGAUCUAUCGCCAAGUCGUUUUAACGAGAGUAUAAUAUAUAUAUGUGUGUAUGUGUAUAUAUAUAUAUAUAUACAUAUAUAUAUGUAUAUAUGUUUAAAAAAAAUAUGUAUAUUUAGCGAAUUACUGUUAGUAAUCGAGAAAGAGAUAGCGUAGAGGUUCUCGUCUCACCGACAACAUCGUCUUAUUCGAGAACAUUGCUGCUUUUUUUUUAUCGUCAAAAGAAGAUCGUUCGAUUUAAUUGGAAGAUAAAUGUUUUUACACGGAUCAAUCAAUGGGGGGAGGGGGAAAGGAGGGGGGAAGAAUGAAAUAAAAGAUGAAAAUUAAUUAAACGAAAUGAUGAGAUUGCGUUCGUAAGAAUGAAACGAAAAGGAAAAAUUCGUAAUUCGUUCGAAACGUGUCCUGAAUCAUCGCUUAUUUGCGUUUUCUAAUUCUUUAUCUUUUUUUACCAUAGUGUACCGAUACAUCGGUAUUUGAUAACGAAUCGAUAAGCUGUACUAUCGCGUAUACGCGAGAAAAAAAUUAAAGAUCCUUUCGUAAAUUGUUUUCAAUAAUGGGCACAAAGAUUCGUACGACGAAAAGCGACGAAGAAAAGAGAGGGGGAGGGGGGGGGAUAGAGACGCGAAGGUACGUGUAUCGAUACGAAAGCAAUUUUACGUACGAGGAAUUGCAAAAUUGAAUCGAUUAACUGCGUUUUAAGAGAUUAAAUCGAAGAGAUGAAUCGGACUAUUUAAAAGAAAGAAAGAAAGAAAGAAAGAAAAGGAAGGAAGGAAGGAAAGAAGGAAGAAAGAAAAAAAAAAGAAAAAAAAAAAGAAAAAAAAAUGUAUAAAAUAGAAUCCAAAUAUAUGGAUCUCUUCGUUACAUUCUAAAUCAGUUAUGAACGUUAAAUAGAUGCUUAAACGAUAUUAGAGUGUAAAAAAUUCGAAUUGAAGGAAAAAGCAAAGUAAUCAUCUUUGUAUUAGAUAAGUUGUAAUUGCGCUAAUGACUCGCGAUACGUCUAUCGCAACUUAUAUAUUUUAAAACUGUAUUAACGCGUUGAACGUACUGUCGUUCACCGAAUAAAAACUGAUUAUUUAAUUACUACCACGUAUAUUACAAAUAUAUGCAAAAGAAUGAAACGGAUAAAAAACGUGUUACCACUUACCACAUUUGGAAAACGUGUUAUAGAAAUAUAAAUAAAAAGGCUUUGGUGUAUAUAGUUUUGUAAAGUAAUAAAGAUGUAUAGAGACGAAGUAAUAGUAAACGAAGGGAGAAAAGACAUACCACGGUGUUAAACCGUGCCGACACGUUGGUCAAGGCCGAUAUAAACUAUCGAAAUUGAAUCGAAGCGACGCGAUGCGACGCGACGCGAAACAAUGCGCUUGUAUAUCGAGGGAAUUGUUGCAUUGGACGUAUUUUACGAUGCGUAAUUGAAUUGAACCGAAUCGUUAAAUGUAGCUGCAUUUACGCGUAUGUAGGUAUGUAUGCGUACACAUGCACACGCACACGUAUACGUAAAAGCAGAAAGAAUGUUAUAAAAUAUGUGAUACAUGCGUAUUAUUUUAAGCUGUCGAUAGAAUGUCCCAAUAUUAAAUAUAUUAUAGCGAGAUUAAA